AUGGCUUAUCUUAUUUUGCUUUUGGCUAUUCUUCAUGUGCACAAAGCAUGGUGUGAAGCAACCUUUUGGGACACAGCUGUUCAGCUCUCUGAGACUAUGACUCUGGAAUGUGUAUAUCCAUUGAUGGAUAACUUAACCCAAGUGGAGUGGACUAAGAUCAGUGGCACAGAGACUGUGAACAUAGCUGUUUACAACCCUAACUAUCAUAUGCAUAUAAAUCACAACUACCUCCAUAGAGUGCACUUUCUGAACUCAACAGUGGGAUUCCGCAAUAUUAGUCUUUCCUUUUACAACGCCUCUGAAGCAGACAUUGGCACUUACUCCUGCCUGUUUCAUACUUUCCCAAGUGGACUAUGGGAAAAAAAGAUAAAGGUGGUCCAGUCAGAUAGUUUUGAGAUAGCUGCAUCCUCAAAUGGCUACCAGUAUGCAGAAACUGGACAAAAUGUCACGCUCAAUUGCCAGCUUCCUAGGAACUGGCCAGUGCAACAAGUCAUGUGGGAAAAAGUCCAGCCUCAUCAGGUAGACAUCUUAGCUUCCUGUAACCUCUCUCAAGGGACAAGAUACACAUCAAAGUACCUAAGAAGAAUAUGGAGCAACUGUAGCCAGGAGAGCAUACAGAGUGUCAUCAUCCCCAAUGCCAUGGCGGCUGACUCUGGACUUUACAGAUGCAGGUCUGAGGCUAGCACGGGAGAAAAGGAAACCUUUGUCAUAAGGCUGGUCAUAACAGAUGGUGGAACCAAUAAAUAUUUUAUUCUUCCCAUUGCUGGAGGGUCAGUUUCACUGGUGCUUCUUAUCCUAAUUAUCAUCAUCAUCAUUUUUUAUAACAGAAGGAGAAGAAGACAGGUGAGAACACCACUUAAAGAGCUCAGAGAAAAACCAAGUAAGGUAGCCACCAACUGCAGAAGUCCCACUUCUCCUAUCCACUCUAUAGAUGAUGAGAAAGAGGACAUAUAUGUGAACUACCCAACCUUCUCUCGAAGACCAAAACCAAGAUUCUAAACUGUUCUUCUGUCCUGAGCACAUUAGUGAUGACUCAUGUGGCAUGGAUGUUUAGCCAUCCUCUUUUCACCACCAUUAUCUACCUUGAUAAAAUUGAUUGAAUUUAUUUCAUUUGCUAUAAACAAAUACUUAAUCACCUUGGAACAUCCUUAAUAGACAUGCAUUAGAAAAUCCAAAUCUAAUUAGCUCUUAUGCACAAGAAAACUUGUCCCAUUAUGCAACAGAAUAGUCUAGAAAAGAUGAAGCAUCACAAGGUGUUCUUGUAUUUGAAACUAAUGGUGGGCAGAAGCUUAUCUCUGGAUCGUCCCUACAGUGUUGGUUCCACUUAUAGAAUACUGAUCCAAUUCUCAUGAUGAUUCUCUCAGAUGCUCUCAUGAUAGUGGUCAGUGACCCUUGGUGGAAAGUUUACUGGUCAAACACAAGAAAUGAAGUUGAUUAUUCACUUAUUAGUAAGAAAAUAGCAUUACCAUUAAGGAUGAGAUGACUUAAGUCAGUUAUGCGUUCUCCUGUAAAACAAGGGCGGCACUAAAGCAUUACUUGGGAAUUCCAAGUAUUGUUAAAAAGAAGGAUGAAAAGGACCUAGAAGUUGAGGUAUUCUUAAGAAACAUUGACUAAACAGACAUCACUCAUUAACCACCUAACAAGUGAGUAUGCUGCAAAAUCAACAUAAUUCAAAAGAAUAUGUGUAAAGGAAUAGCCAGCAAUGAGAUGGGUGUGAAAUGCUUCUCUUCACUUUCUAGUUUCAAAUAGAUUCAUCUCCAAUUCAUAGAGAAUUCUUG